AUGAAAAAUUACAUUUUCAUCUUCCUUGUCCUUUCCUUCAACGUCAAACGGACAUCCAGCGAGAACGCCGCCGGAACCGUCGACCGGUACCAGCACAUCGUCGACAAAAUGGACGACAAUUUAUUCAUCCGCGUCUUACUACAGCCGGUGACUCUCAACAAGACGAGAAGCGUGCGGGCCACGUUCAUUGGGCUUUACCUCGGGGACUCUAAUGGGCUCCUCUCAAUCCUCGGGAUGCGCUGGAUUGACUCGGUCCUCUUCUGGGCCAACUACGACAACACGACCUCUCCGGACGUGUUGUUGGGCCGGAAGCCCGACUCAGUCAACUUCCUUAAACGAAAAUCGGACUAUGUAAAAAGCCCGAUACCUCUAACUGGCAUACACGACCUAUUUGACAAAAUGGUGGAGAUCGGGAAAGUCGGGCUUGUGUUCAACUCAUACGGAGGGGUAAUGAAUCGAAUUCCCGAGACAGCUACGCCGUUCCCCCACCGGGUCGGGAAUCUAUUCAAGAUUCAAUAUUCGGUCAACUGGGAAGAUGAAGCCGAGGAGGUUGACCGGAAGGAGGCAUAUUUGAACUAUCGGGAUUUGGACAUUGGCACGAUCGACGACCCUAAGAAGAGCUACGAGCAAGGGAGGGUGUACGGACUCAAGUACUUAAAGAAUAAUUUCGACAGGCUACUGCAGAUCAAGACACGGGUCGAUCCAGAUAACGUGUUCAAGAACGAACAAAGCAUUCCUGUCUCGAGAAAUUCCUUAAUGAGGAAAGGAAGGGAGAUUUAA